GUGUUUCCCUGCGACCUGCUGGGAUCCCCCGCCAAGGGCAGGAGCCCUGAAUCACGGCUGAGCACAUGGCAGGAGGACACGGGGACCCCUCAACACACGGAUUCUGCCAGCCGGGACCCGAACGAGGACCAGGAGAGGAGCAGAGGGAGCAGCAGAGCGGGGCCCGUCUGUCCGCCGUCUGCAUCCGGAGGUGGUGACGUGCCCCUCACGUCACGGCAGCCGGGACUCGCUCCCGCCUGCGGGCUGCCGCCGGUUCCCCAAGGCACAGUGAGUUCCCCAUCGUGACAUUGCUGAAGGACCGGUCAGACCGGGAGCCCGCUUCCGCCCUGGCUCCCGCUCCAUCCCGCUGUUCCCAAUGCCUCCACGCAGGGCCGGAGCCAUGGGUGGUUCGUGGCACCCGCCGUGCUGGGCCUGGGGAGACACGAGUUUCACUUACGGGGCCAUGGGGCCAUGGGGCCCCGGGCCAUGGGGGUCACUGCUGCCGGGAGCGGGCUGGGAGCCCGAGACAGGGGAUGUGGCCAGGUCCCUGCUGACUCAGCACACCGACACGAGCCGGGGCCGGUUCGCAGGUGGGGCUACCGGGGCCCUUCUUCCCGCAGGCACCGGAGCCUGCUGGGAUCCCACGGGACUCGGCGGGGAGGAGACGGGCGCUGCGGAUGCAGUGGGAGGUACGAGGCCUCAGUUCCCAGCAGAGCGGCUGCCCAGGCCUCCCGGCGCCCAGCACAGCAGCAUUGGCCCUGAGCACCCAUCCCUGAGCAUGGCGCUGCUCACCCAUUUCCUCGCCUGCACCUUCGGCAUGGGCUCCUGGGUGGCCAUCAAUGGGCUGUGGGUCGAGCUGCCGCUGCUGGUGACGGUGCUGCCGGAGCAGUGGGAUCUGCCAUCCUACAUCACCAUCAUCAUCCAGAUGGCCAACGUGGGGCCGCUCUUCAUCACCCUCAUGCACCGCUUUCGGUCCGGCUUGCUGAAGGAGGAGCUUGUAAUCUAUGUGGUUGUGUCUGUGGGUGUCCUGGCCUGUUUACUGUUAGCCUUCCUCUGGAACUACACAUCCUCCAUCGCCGGGGCACCCCACAGCACCGCCUUCCUGAUCCUCACCUUCUUCCUGGCCCUGGUGGACUGCACUUCCUCCGUCACCUUCCUGCCCUUCAUGAUGCAGCUGCAGCCCCAGUUCCUCAACACCUUUUUCAUAGGUGAAGGACUCAGCGGGCUGAUCCCCGCUCUCAUUGCCCUGGCCCAGGGCGCUGGCAUGUCCACCUGUUCCAACAUCACCCGCUUGGUCAACGUCACCACCGACAAUGAGACCGUGCAGAGCACCAUCUACCUCCCAGCCAACUUCUCCACCCUCGUCUUCUUCCUUCUCAUGACCGUAAUGAUGCUGGCCUGCUUGCUGGCCUUCUUCUUCCUCCACAGGCAGCCCAAGGUGUGGGAGCUCUCCCAGCAGCAGCUCUUUCCCAGCAAUAUCAUGCUGAGCUCAAUGGACCAGAGCCCCAGCGAGGGAGGAGGCUCCCGGCUGAGCAGAGGCUGCCCAUGCCCAAAGGAUGCCAAGGGGUUGAGGAACAUCCUGCCGGAGCAGGUUUCCUACACCCUGGCCAAGCUCACCUUCAUCUACGUCCUCAUCGCUUGGGUGAGCGCUCUGACCAACGGGGUCCUGCCGUCCGUGCAGUCCUACUCCUGCCUGCCCUAUGGCAACACCGCCUACCACCUCGCCACCACGCUCAGCUCCAUGGCCAACCCUCUGGCCUGCGUCGUGGCCAUGCUCCUGCCCGGCAGGUCCCUGGCCCUGCUGGGCACUCUCACCAUGCUGGGGACAGGCUUUGGUGCCUACAACAUGGCCAUCGCGGUGAUGAGUCCCUGCCCGCUCCUCCAGCAGUCCCAGUGGGGAGAUGUCAUCAUUGUCCUCUCUUGGGUGCUCUUCACCGGGACACUCUCCUACGUGAAGGCCAUGGCUGGGGUGAUCCUGCGCAACUGCAGCCGCAAUGAGCUGGUGUGGUACGGGGCGAUGGAGCAGUUGGGCUCCCUCCUCGGGGCCCUGGUCAUGUUCCCCCUCGUCAACGUCUACAACUUGUUCACAUCUGCUGACUACUGCAGCCUGCAGUGCCCGGCGUGAGCGGGGUGGGCACCCCUGGACCGCCCCUCUUGCCGCUGUGCGCCCCAAAGCCAGCGAGGGCCAGGAAGCAGCGCUGGCACCGGGAUGGCUGCGGGCACGUGUCCCCGCCGGGCUCUGCCGUGUCCGUGGGCUGGGGCAGCUCCGUGGCUCCGGGCACGGGGUGUCCCUGCUGUGUUCAAAGAAAUAGAAGGUGUUUGCUCAGC